UUCGGGGCGUUUCGUAAAAUAUCAAUAUCUCAGCAACGAUACAACUUCUUGAUUUGCGCCUUUUAUCAAAAUUCAUUAAAAUGUUUGGUCUACAAGAGCCCCCUACUUUGGAAAAGUUUUGAGAACAUCGAUUGAAGGCUACUCCGCUGUAAUAGGUCGUGGUUUACGUGCAAUGGCUCUAUAUAUUUAUACUUCCUAUUUGAAUAGUUAUCCUGCAUUAAAAAGAAGAUUGCAACUGAUAUGAUAUUGCAAAAGUGUCUGGCUUGCAGUUGUCUGCUGCGAAUUAUAUUAUGUUAUGCCUGAAGGAUGAAGAUACACUGAACUGGUAUGAAUCGGAACGUUAUAAAUUCUGUCAGCCAUCUUUUAUGUGAUCUCCUUUUCCCUUGGAUAAAAGAGAUACAGAACGAAAAAAAUAAGACCAAUGAGAAUAAAAAGAUACAAUUGAACUUCAGCACAGGUCUAAAAUAACUUCUAGUGCUAUCAUACUGUAACCUGCCUGUUUUAUUUCUCCUCCGUUGAAAAACACAUCGCUUAUAUGCAAGCGAAAUAAAUGAAUUAAAAGCAGCAACGACAAAAGCGUUCGCGAGAUAUGUUAAGGAAGCAGCUUGACUUACUUAUAUUGAAGUCUGAAAUGAUUAUGUAAACUGAUCAUCUUUCUAAAUUAUGAACAGUGUUCUUUUUCUACAUUUUAUUUUAGACUUUUGGAUAAUGCGUCAUAUUUUACUAGCUUUAUUACGUCCGAAUCUUGUUAGCAAUCUUAGUCGUUUACCAACAUGGUCUGUAACCACUUCUUUAUACCAAACAUCGUUUAUUUUACGGUCUGCAACAACGGCUUCGGCAUCUCAAACAAAAGUAAAGGAAAGCAAAUCUUCUGAAGAAGAAUCAAAACUCACAACAGAUAAAGAGACAAGAACUGUUGAAGCGACACCAUUAGCCACACAUGGAACAUCAACAGAAUUAUUAACAAAUAAAGCAAAAUGCUACUUCUAUAAAGCAGGUGAUGUUGAAACAAUACAAGAAACAUCCCAAGUUCAGCAACCUACGCAAACAGUUGAGACUAGAGAAAAAUUACCUACAUCACGUGUUACUGAAGAAGAAAAAGUGUAUUCAUCGAAAAUUCAAUACUUAGUUAAUGAAAUAGGCAAGUUAUCAUUAGUAGAUGUUAUGGAUCUCAAUGAAUUAUUAAAAAAAACGUUGAAAAUCCAAGAUGUAUCUAUUAUGAGUGCGGGAACGACUUCUGCUACAGCUUCACCAACAGCGAAAAAAGAAGAGGAAGAAGAAGAUGUUCGUCCUUCAGCUCAAUCUGUAUUCAAAGUUCGACUGAUCAAAUAUGAUGAUUCAAAAAAGGUACCAGUUAUUAAACAAGUUAAAGAUAUUGUGGAAAAUAUUAAUUUAGUACAGGCGAAGAAAAUGGUUGAAGCUGUUCCACAAGUAUUACGAGAUAACUUAAGUAAAGCUGAUGCUGAAACAAUGAAAGCAAAACUUGAAGCUGUUGGUGGAGUUUGUAUAAUUGAAUGA